AUGUCCCAGCUCCGCCAACGCCAGCGUACAGGCGCCAACGGCGGCCUCGCGUCCGGCUCUACCCGCCCAUUCACCAGCUCCAACACUCUCGUCUACGGACCGUACGCACUUGCGUGUGUCGCCAACAUGGGUUUCCUCAGCCAGGGUAUCAAGUCCAUCUCGGAGCCCCUCAAGCUGGUCCUCAUGCCCCUGCUCGCCCUGGCCGUGCUGGUGGAUGGCAAGCAUCUCACGGGAACCCCAAAGAGAUACCUCCUCUCGGCUCUCUUCUUCAGCUGGGUCGGGGACAACGCCGCUGUCCUCCUCCCGUUCCUACCCUAUGUCCCGGCCAUGCUCCUCACAUUCGGCAUUGCACACGUCGCCUACAUCCCCCUGUUCCUCACGCACGCCUCUGUGCGCCCAUCGACUCCGGCCUGGGCAGGCGUGUACCUCCUGUGGUGGGCAGGCAUGCUAGCCUACGUCGGACCACACGCCGGCGCCCUCUUCACGGGCAUUGCGGCCUACGGCGUCCUCUUGGGAGGCACGAGCGCUUGCAGCUCCCGCUGCUCUGCCACGGUUAUUGCUGGCGCCAUCUUCUUCCUCACCUCGGACACGCUGCUGGCGUUCCGCCUGUUCAUGGGCGACCUCAUCCCGGCGUGGACCGCUUGGAUCAUAAUGGGCACGUACGAGGUUGGGCAGGGCCUCAUUGCGGCUGGUGUGUUGGGAACGACACGUCAGAGACGAAGACGCGGCUGCAAUUAA